AUGGCUGACUCCAUCAAGAACGCUGCCAACUUCGUCGGUGACAAGUUCAACGAGGCUACCUCAGGUGCCUCCAAGGAGGCCAACAAGAACGUUGCAAAGGACUCCGAUGCUUCCCUAGGAACUCGUGCCUCUGCCGCAAAGGAUGCUGCUGGUGACAAGCUCGAUGAGAGCAAGUCUUCCGCAUCUGCUGAGGGCAACAAGCAAGCUGCUACCCACUAA